AUGGCACGAUCAAUCGUUUCUUUGUCCCUUUCAGCACUUGUGAUUAUGUUCAUCUUGAGUGGGCCUCAUGUUUCCGAGGCGCGACGCAUUCGUUUAGCAGAGACUCAGGAAACUCUGGAGGAGAUCGCUAUUCGCCUGAGAGCAGCCGCUGAUCAGGCUGCUGCGGAGCUGGAAGCAGCUGAGGCCGUCGCCGACACUCGCGCCGCGGAAGAAGCAACUGCCGCCGCCAACGUGGCGGCGGCGGAGGUGGCGGCGGUGAAAGCGGCGGCAAUCACGGCGAAGGCUACCGCGAAGCAGGCGCGGAAGAACGCGACGGACGCGAAGCAGGCGACCGCGGGGCUGAAGAGGAAAGCGGAAGCCGCCGAUAAGUACCAGAAGGCGCAGGAGAAGGCGCAAAAGGCGCUGGAAAAAGCCGCCCAGGCAAAGGCGCGGAAAGAUAAGGCUGUGGCGGAAGCAGGCUCACAGCAGAAGACCGCCGACGACGCGACCAAGGCGGCAGCGGACGCCGCCAAGGGCAAGGGCAAGGGCAAGGGCGCGGCGAAGGCGGCGGAGGCGAAGGCGAAGGCGGAGCAGAAGAAGGCGGCGGAGCUGAACAAGGCCGCUCAGAGCGCAUCCGCGGAAGAGUCCGCCGCGAACGCGGAAGAGUCCGCCGCGAACGCGGAAGCGACCAAGGCCGCGGCGGAAGCGGCGGGGACUCUCAAAGUGACCCUCACGCCGGAGGAUCAGGCGCUGCUGGACAAAGCGGCUGCGGCGGAGGCGGCGGCGGCGAAGGCGGAGGCGGACGCAAAAGCAGCGGAGGACGCGGCGAAGGCGGCGGAGAAGGUGGCGAAGGCGGCGGCGGUGCGGCUGACGAAGCUGCGGGCGGCGCUGAAGGCCGCGCAGGCGCGCAGGGCGGAGGCGGACAGGAUCGUGGCAGAGAAGGCUGCAGCUGCGGAGGCGGCGGAGGCUGCGGCGCAGGAGGCGGAAGAGGCAGCUAGCCGCGCCCCUGGGUCGGAAGGUGCACCAGGUUCGGAGAGCGCACCUGGCUCGGAUGCUGCUCCUGGGUCCGAGGCUGCUCCGUGA